CACGCACGCACGCACACACACACACACACACACACACAAAAUGCGUUUGUGUACCCACCCUAAGUAAUUACAGCUUUUAUUCCAGUCAGGCGAAUCAUUUACAGCAAAUCUUCUCCUGUCUGAAGAGGAGAGAAAACAGGCGAGCUAAAAAUGCACACGUGGAAGCCUGUCCGGCGAGUGAUUGACAGGCCAUUCAGCCAAUCAGAGCGCAGAUGAGUGACGUUACGUCCAGGAUUGAGCCAAUCGAUGAUUGCAUGGGCGGUUUACUCAAAAAUAACGGGUGUUAUUAAAAAAAAAAAAAGAAAGAAAGAAAGAAAGAAGAAAACUAAGCAAGGAAAAUCGGUGUGAAGCAUGUGGGAUGUAGAAGUCGGUGUUCGUGAUGUUUGAACAGUUUUCCUUUCAAAAGUGAAGAAAAAAAAGGCGAAAAAAAGACUGAAGACUUUAUAAACACUCAUCCGUCUUCCUUUCUUCUCCAGUCUGUAAGGUAGCUGUGAGUCAUCAUGGGGAGUUUUAAAGGCCACGCGCUACCUGGCAGCAUGUUACUGAUCAGCGGUGUGUGGUGGGCGGUGAAGUACUCGCUGUGGUACGCCAUCCGCAGGAACAAGAGCGCCGGUGCAGCGAGGCUUACGACGCGAGCCACACAGCACCGCCUCGAAAUCAUCGAAGGGGCCACGAUACUCUUCUUCGGUGUUGUCGGGAUACUAGGAGAACAGUUUACAGUGGACGGUCCGAAGCUCCACCUGUACGACUCGUCCACUCAGCACUGGGAAAAACUGAUGAACUGGCAGCACACGACCAUAUACCUGUUCUUCGGCCUGGCCGGAGCAACGUCCCUCACCGUCCACAGCACCAGCGCAGCACCUCUGGCCUUAGAUCGCUUACUGCUGGGCCUGGCUUUCUUCAACGAAGGAUUCAUAUUCCUUUAUCACCUGCACGGCAGAGAGAUGCUGGAUGUCCACGUCCACAUGCUCCUGCUGUACGCCGUGUUCGGAGGAGCUCUCGUCUGCCUGCUGGAGGUCUUCCACAGAGGAAACGUGCUGCUGGAGCUGUUACGCGCCGCACUCAGUCUGCUGCAGGGCAGCUGGUUCUGGCAGAUUGCCUUUGUGCUGUACCCACCCAGUGAGGUGAAGUGGGAUCAGUCUGAUCACAACAACGCAAUGUUCAUCACCAUGUGUUACAGCUGGCACCUGGCCUUCGCUCUCGCCAUCGUGGCUGUAGCACACACCACUGUCAUAUGCAUAGUACGUUCCAAACUCAGCAGGAUUCCGCCGAUGGAGAUGGGUCUGCUGAAACCACAGGAAAGAGAAGGAGACUCUGAAGACGAGGGUUUAUAAGUAUUUAUCGCCCCUGUGGCAGGUUUUCUCAGUUUAGAAACGCACGAGAGCCACCUGAAAAGGCCAGCACGUAUCCAAAUAAACCAGUACCAGGGACAGCGUUGACUUCCUGUAGGCUCGGUCCACUACGCCGAGUGUCCACGAUGACGGUUCACCUUCAGCCGCCCUUAUGUUCUGUCUAGUCGUCUCUCUCUAAAAAGGAAAACUCUAGUUUUAAAAAAAAAAAUCAUAAUCUCUAUCCACUGGAUCUGUAGUGUAUCUGUGUUAGAAGAAUUUCAUCUCCACUCAAAAAAGAAACCUGUUUACUGAAAACUCACGUAUAAUGGAAAGUCUAAGGGCAGAUGUUGAUCUCAAUUCAUUUUUUUUUUUUAAUAACUACAUGGCAAAAAAUGUUGACAUCGUCAUUACACCGGAACGACAAACGUGUGAGGAUGAACGAAACGAAACGAGAAUCGACUCGUUAGUGAUUCCAGACUUUACUUCCUGUACCAACCUACGUAGGUUUGUAACAAAAAGCCCCGCCUCUGGUCUUCAUCGGCCGCUCGCCGACAGCGCUAGACCGAUCUCAAUCGCGACAGACUGGGACGUCUGACCAAUCAGAGCAGAGUAUGCUCUCUGAAAGGAGGAGUUUAGAACGAAUCAUUUAGAACGAAUCAUUUAACGAGUCGUUUGUGACACUGGGGGAAAAAAGGUAUCGCUGCGGUUUAAAUGACGAGCACGUUAAAGUCUUUUUUGACCUCGGAUGCGUGUAAAUCUAUCGUAUGAGACCUUUACAACAACAUUAGGAACGUUUCAAAUCCAUAAUAUGUGCGCUUUACGAAUGAGCGGUAAUCACGCGUACACUACAGAUAACAACGCCGACCGACUUUAUGAUUUUUCCGAAACGCUGGAGUGUUCCUUGGAAGACAGAGACGACUGGAUUCGCAACGGUGGUGCAAUCAUUCCUUGCCUUUGUUAGAAAUGACCAAAGAACCUAUCCUGUUUUAACUAAAGACGCUGUUACAAUGGUGUAUGGUGAGCUACAUAUUUAUACUGUAUGUGCAUUCGUGGUUAAUACAUCGUACAAACACUAAGAUAAAUACCGAGGUAAUAAUAAUAGCCUUUUUCAAGAUUCAAAGAAGGAGGUCGUUAGAUUUAGAACGUUUACUGAUAAAAACAGCACACACACACACACACACACACACACACGGUAAUAAGACACAGAAAUAGCUAUAAUAGUAGUAGAAAUGUUAGAUAUCAUUUCAGUAGGAAUAAUAACAUCACGUUGAGAUUUUUCUGAGCAGAAAUCACGUGCAAUCUGGGAAGAGCCUUGAAUUACAGUGUGUGGAGUAUUUAUUGAUACAGUAUGAACAUACAUACGCGGUAUACUUUGUAAAGAUACCGAUACUGUUUCAAGUCAGGAUUCGAAACAGCCUUGUAUUAUUUAACAGGGAUAUUUUAUAUACAUAUAUAGAUAUAUAUAUAAAACGGAUACACUUUCACGAAAGGAUGUGUGUAAUUUUCCCCCUCUCUCUUUUUUUUAAUCGUGUUAAGUUAGUUAACUUUUGUUAUUUGUGCUAUACACUGGUAGCUUUGUGCCGGCUGUGUUUAUGAGAACGCGUCGUGUAAAAACGUCGCCGUAAAUCUUCGCUCUAAAAAUAAAAACACUUCAAAAAACAACAAAAAAACCGAUUCUGUCGUGUCUGAUAUUAAGUGCAGUGCCUCCAGCCGAACGCUACAGAGCGCGUGGAGAUUUCCGAGGAAGAAUUUUUAAAAAGUCGACG